GUAUAAUACUCAUGGUUCUCAUGUAGUACUGAGCGUACUAGAUUUAUUAAUAUCGCAUCAUAUAUUAAUUGGCGUCUCAUCAUUCUCUAAAUAAGUCAUUCUUGUGUCUUUACUAUGGCAGUGGUAUUCGCGAAGUCACCUCUCGAACGUGUUGGUUUGAGUCAAGGAGCUGUGAAUGGCGUUCAAAGCAUAGUCAAUUUACAAUUUCGAAAGGAACAUCGUGCUCUCUUGACAAUCUUGGAUGAUUUGAGAACUAAGGUAGAUAAGACAUCUGCAGAUGCAGAACGACGAUUUGAGGAAUCCCAAAAGCAAUUGAAGAAUACUGAGAAUCGAUUGGAGAAGUUGGAAAAUGAGUGGAGAGAUUUGAUACAGAAAAGCAAAGGGUGGGAGGGUGAAGUGAAGAGUUUGAAGGAAGAGAUGGAGAGGUUGAGUGGUUUGAUGGGCUUACAAACUGCAUCUGCAAAGCCGAUUCUUGCUCAAAAUGGUUAUACAGAGUUGCAAAAGAGUCAGUCGUUGGCUGAAACUGUUUUGUUUGAUCAUGGUCUAGAUGUCGCUGGUCUGCAGCAAUUGCCAAUGCCAUCUGCCAUCGCUUCUCCUUGGGGAAAUACCACUGCGCUUGAGAAACGUAUGUCUACAUCUACUGCAAAGCAGCCUCAACCAGCUUCACAAUUCGUUUCAGCCUUGUCGCCACAAAUCAAUACAUCCCUUGUUGGCCGCAGCCCUCGUACGCCAAAUAGACGCCAAUCAAGUCAAGCAAUCUCACCACUCGCGCAUGAUGGUUCUAUGAGUCCACCCCUCGCCCCUCGACUACCACUCGUAGCUACUACACCGACAAACAAGAGAGUCCCACCACCAUCAAGCAAGCCAUUACCAAAUACGACAUCCCGCAAAGCUGCCCAUCCCCCUUUCUGGAUCAAUAUCUCGCAGGCCCCUGAUCAAACUAUCGAGGCCUACCUAGCUCAGGCAACAGAAUACAACAACGCGAUCAAAUUACGCAAGUCUCGAUUCGAGUUCAUUGCAAGGUUCAUCCGAGGAUUGCGGAAUGAGAAUGAUCGCGCUAUCUUGCUCAAGCAGCUGCAAAAGAAAUUCCAAUCCCGAACUACAAAGGACGGAUUCAUGGAGGUUAUGUGUAGAUUUUCUGAUGUGGGAGAGGGAUUGCUGGCUGCUGGGUUGAUUGCUGGAAGUGGAGGUACGAAUGGGAAGAGAGGUAGUCAUGAUGCUGGUAUGGAUCGUAGCGAGGUAGAUGCAUCGCAUCAGAAGAGAAGAAAGACUUUGGAAUCUCAAUUGUCGAAUGAUGAUGAGUUGUAAGAUAUCCAUCAACUUGCUUGGCUUCUUUGAAGGGAAUAUUGGCUUGAAAUGGCGGUACAAACUUUGUGGAUGUGGAAGAGAAUAAUCGUGUCUGUCAUCGUCAACGUGGCAUGCUCGGAUGUUAUGCAGAGAAGAUAGAUGAUGGGUUUAUAUUGAAAACUUAGCUAAUACAUAGAACUUGAGCUUUAGAUGCUCGGAUAUAAUAGCACAUACGUCUCGCUACGCUAAUAAUACCAUACAAAUCUAGAUUAAUGCUCGCUUGUAUAUAACACCUCAAUUCUUACGCUGAAAAGAUAUGUCAAAGAUCCGUCUCCGU